AUGGCGACCAACUACGGCCCGCACCCAUUCGACCCAAUCACACCGGAGGAGAUCAAGCUCGCCGUACGCAUCCUUGAGGCGACCUUCCCAGGCGUCUCUCUGCGCUACAAACGCAUUGAUGUCAAUGAGCCUAUCAAGAAGGAUGUUAUCGCAUAUAUCGAAGCAGAGCGUCUACGGCGUCCACUGCCCCCACCUCCGGCCCGUCUCCUCUAUGUGCUCUUCCAUCGUCUGGACACCGGCGCAUUCUACAAGGCUAUUCUCAAUGCCGACAAGCGCACCAUUGUCUAUGCCAAGGAGCUUCCCAAAGGUGUUCAGGGUCCCAUUGAUAUCGAUGAAAUUGCCGGGAUUGAAGAGAUGUGCAUGAAGCACCCCGCCGUACUGGCUGAGAUCGAGAAAUUGCAACUGCCCGCGGGCGUCACUGUGUGCAACGACCCUUGGAUGUAUGGCACGGACAACGACAACGAGGACCGACGGCUCUUCCAAUGUUUCAUGUACAUGGUCGAAGUGGAUCACCCCCAGAACAAUCACUACUCUCUGCCUUGCAAAUUUUCACCGGUGUUCGACGGUCUCACUCAGGAGUUGAUCCGUAUGGACUACCUGCCAGGCGGUGCUGAUUUCGAGACUACCUCUACCCAGCCUUGGAAGCCUGUUAAGACUGUCCAGUACGCCCACGACCUCUUGGAUGAGCCCCUUCGCACCGAUCUCAAGCCCUAUAUCGUACAACAGCCCGAGGGUCCUUCUUUUUCGGUGGAUGGCAACUCCGUCUACUGGCAGAAGUGGCGCUUCAGGGUUGGUUUCAACGCUCGCGAAGGCUUGAUCAUCUACAACGUCACAUAUGACAACAGAAACCUCUUCUAUCGAUUGGCUGUUUCUGAGAUGACUGUUCCCUAUGGAGAUCCCCGAGCCCCCUACCACCGCAAGCAGGCGUUUGAUGUCGGCGACACUGGUUUUGGUAUGAAUGCUAACCAGUUGGCUCUCGGGUGUGACUGCCUCGGCCAUAUCAAGUAUUUUGAUGGCUACCGCAACGACUCCAAGGGCAACCCACUGCAUCUGAAGAACGUGGUUUGUAUGCACGAACAAGAUAACGGUCUGCAGCAUAAGCACACUAACUAUCGGUCCGGUGCCGCUACCGUUGUGCGUAACCGCCAGUUGGUCCUGCAGAUGAUCUGCACUGUGGCCAACUAUGAGUACAUCUUCAACUACAUCUUUGAUCAAGCUGCCAAUGUCGAAUUGGAAGUUAGGGCUACCGGCAUUCUUUCCACCGUCCCAUUCGACAAUGAGAACGGCCAAACCGUCCCUUGGGGUACUAAUGUCGGUCCUGGUGUCAUGGCUCCCUUCCACCAGCAUAUGUUCUCGCUACGGAUUGACCCUGCUAUUGAUGGAUUUAAGAACACCAUCUACUACGAGGACAGCGUCCCUAUGCCAGAAGACGAGAAGAAUCCCUACCUUGUGGGCUAUACCUCCGAGUCUACGGUGAUGCACACGGCAGGCACAGCGAACACUAGCGUGGAUCGCCACCGUGUCUUCAAGAUCCGCAACGACAAUAUUACCAACCCAAUCACCUACAAGCCUGUCGCGUACAAGCUUAUGGCUGCUCCCAGCCAAAUGCUUCUGGUCAGCAAGAAUGCCCACGGCUUCCGCCGUGCUGAGUUUGCCACCAAGCCCAUCUGGGUCACCAAGUACCAGGAUGAUGAACUGUACGCUGCAGGCGAGUUUACCAACCAAAGCCGCCGCGCCGAGGGCGUCGAGACUUGGGUGCAGCGUAAGGACAACACAGAGAACGAAGACGUCGUCCUUUGGCACACCUUCGGUCUUACCCACAAUCCCCGCAUUGAGGACUUCCCCGUCAUGCCGAUGGAGCGCGUCAGCGUCAUGCUGAAGCCCGAUGGCUUCUUCAACAAGAACCCUGCUCUUGACGUCCCGCAAUCCUCCCAGUUGUUCAACAGAUCUUCACUCCACCCCGAGGAGCAGCCUGCUGGUUGUUGUGCCAGAGCUUCGUCUGCUGGCUCCAAGGCCAAGUUGUACAAGCGCAUUGAAUAA